UUUCGGCAAAAAGCGUAAAAAAAUGUGACCAAAAAUAUUUGUUAUUUAAUUUAAUUUAUUUUAGUUUAAAAUUAGUGUAAUUUGUAUUAUAUUUAUUACUAUCGUUGUUGUUGUUGUUGUUGUACUUAAUCAACAAUUAUGUCAAUACAAGAGGACAGUGUAGGACAACAUCGGUUGUCGUCGACUGACACCAAAACAGUAAAGUCUUUGUCGAUGUUGGCGACGGCGACACCAAAUGACAUAACAUUGAAUGGUMAACACAACCACCAAUUGGUGUCCGACGAUGACGAUAGUAAUCGAGAAGUAUUGAUACCAUUAAUGCCUGUAUCGGUGACCGCGAAGACACCGAAUCAGAAACCAAACUCAAUAUUGAAGUCCAGUUCCCAUCACAAGAGGUCCUGUUCUACAGGCCAACAAAUGAGCCUUCCGUUGGACUUCGUGGCCGGCGAUACGGCUCAACUCAAACCACUAAACAAUUCAUGCGGUUGUCGGACAAAAUCGGUUCAAAUAUUAACUCCGAGUCAAGAGAAGGACGAGUCAGAUCUGUGGCCAACAACCGGUGAUACCGACACCAACAAUAGAGAAAGUCAUGGCGGGCUAUACACCAAAUAUUGUGCCAAAUGUGAUAAAUUGUUGACUAAUUUGGACGUAAAACAAAAUAAUCGACAAAUUGUGAAUAAAAACUUCGAUAAUUCAACCAAUAAGUGUUUGUUAAACAACAAGACUUCAAAUAAUAGCUACUAUUGUAGCGAUUGUGAUAAUUAUGACAAUACAUUUGCUAAUAAUGCUGCUUCAGGUGGUGGUGGUGGUGAUGAUACUUAUAGUCAAUACCUGUGCCAUCGGCCACAACACCACAUCAAUGCUAAUUCAGAUAAUUUAAGUCAAUAUUCAUUACAUAUGGAAAAGGAUUUUAGGUAUUAUUUCCAGCACCCGUACGCCCGACUUUUUGUUGCAUAUUUUGUCGUGUUUUGUAAUUUUUUGAUCUUCGCUGAGGAUCCGCUUUCACACUCGUUGAUGGAGUGCUCGAUACCGGUAUUAGGAAACGUGAUAUCAUUUGUGGCCACUAAGUAUCCGCCCGAACCUCACUGGAUCGUAGUGAAGGUGAGCUUCUGGCUCACAGCCAUAGCCGUGGGUCUAGUCUUUGGCAAAUACAUACUUCACCACAUAAUCUUGAGGCUAGUGUUACGGCUCAAGAUGUUUCGUGACGAGUGCGGCACAUGGAUGAUCAUGUUUGCCACUGUUUUUAUUUCGUGUUACUUUUUCUCCAUUGCCUAUAACUGUCUACUGGUAUGGGCCCAUCCUAGGGCCCACCUCUAUGUGAUAAACACUUAUAUGGGUAUGACAUACGCCAACUUCAUGAAAGUGGCUGCUUGUGGCACGUGGUUGGGCGACUUUUUCACUGCCUGGAUGAUCACAGAUAUGAUGUUACAAGACAACCUAUAUCCAGGUUGGGCACAAAAUUUGCGCACCUUUUGGCACAAACACACGACAACUCGUAUAUUGGUGUUCUGGUCGGGCGCUCUGGUGAUCGCAGCAGUCGUAAUCACACUGAUAGUAACCGAUAAGAUUUCGUGGGAUAACCUUAACAGAGAUUUUAUUGCCAGUACUGAACUGUCCCGGGCUUUCCUGGCCUCUUCUAUACUAGUUAUGGAUCUAUUGCUUGUUAUGCAGGACUGGGACUUUCCUCACUUUGUAUGCGAUCUAAACAUCAAACUUCCCGGUUUACUACAGUCUUCCUAUUCGUUAAAGUUCUUCAAAAAGUCGGUUAAGUUUCCUGAAGUGGUCUUCCAUAUCACUGGCAAAUGGUUUAAUUAUGGUAUUAUUGUCGGUGUAAUGAUGUUGGAUCUGAAUAUGUGGAAGAAUCAAAUCAUAUACUAUCCGCCCGAUUACGGCCAAUACGUUGACCCAAUUGAUCACAAGGUUUAUACGGUUCUUGAUGUAGACAUCCUGACGACUGGCAAUCGUUCGCUAUGGAACUAUACGACCCGUUCCUCAACCUAUGAUCCCGAAACAAACCAAACGUUAAAAGACGGCGAUUUAAUAAUUAAUAGCCGCUAUUUGGGUUAUCCCGGGUUCAUUAAGGCCAUGGCUUUCCUUCCAAUAGCAGCCGGUUUUGUGUUAUUUUUUACACUUAUCUACCAAUACGGUCGCUUUCCGCCCAAAACGGAUGUCUCGGCCGGUGGUCGCCUUAAAAAACGACACUCGAGUUGGCGUCGGGAGCGCCGCGACUCACGAUUGGGCGGCUAUAUCUCGUGGCGCGGUAUCACUAUAUACGGUGGCAAUAGCUCUAUGCACCGCAAAAAUGAAUCAAUUGAUUACAAAUAAUCAAAAAUUCAAGUUUGAUUUGUUUUUAUUUUUUGCAACAUUUAAAACUUCCUUUUUAU